CAGAGAGCAACCGAAAACAUGGAUUGCUUUUGCGUUUGCGUUUUGGCUAGUUCGACGUAAACAUGGCUCAGUCCGCUAAUUCUGCGGAUUCUGCUUCAGAAAUUGAAAAUAGUGAUGUCAACAGCGAAAAUGAAGAGAAACAACUUCUUAAGUCGGGUGAUAAGGGGAAGAAGGAGAAGAGGGGUAUCAUUUACUUGUCUACCAUUCCUAAAUUUAUGAAUGUUACGAAAGUUCGUGAAAUAUUUGGAGAGUAUGGAGAGAUCGACCGAGUCUUUCUUCAACCCGAGGAGCAACAUGGACAAAAAAAUAAGAGGAAGAAGAAACCUGCUAAACAUUUUACUGAGGGAUGGGUAGAAUUCAAGAAGAAAAAGGUUGCGAAACUAGUCGCAGCACAUUUAAAUAAUAAACAAAUUGGUGGAAGGAAGCGCAGUAAGUUUUACGACCACAUUUGGAACAUCAAAUACCUUCCUCGGUUCAAAUGGGUACAUCUAAGCGAGAGACUUGCCUAUGAACGUGCUGUUCAUAAGCAGAGAAUGAACACUGAAAUCUCCCAAGCCAAACGAGAAGCAAACUUCUUCUCUCAAAAUGUGGAUCUCAGUGAGCGAUUAUCCAAACGUAAAGUCAAGGGAGGACAAGAAGCUGUAGUCGAAGACACUCCUGGUGAAGAACCUGGACUUGGGGCUUUUGUUCGUCAAUAUAGACAGCGCGAUUUGGACAGUGAAAUCCGUGAGAGAAAGCUAGCAGCUCUGAAUGCUGACAGUGUUAAAAUUAAGAAAAAGAAAAAAGUAGCUCAUAAAAAAGAAAUUGGCCCUCUGCCUGAUGCAGGUCGAAAAGAUCUCCUUAAAUCCUUGUUUGGCAGCAGGAGUUGAAUUUCUCUUAUUUCUAGACACCAUCCAAAUGAAUGAAUGACUGAAUGAAUGUGGAGUGACGAAAUGAAACAAGAUGCAUUUCUAGACUUUUCUUUUUGUUUAUUUACAAGAAUAAGCUCAUGUUCAUUUCAUAAAAAAUAUUUUUACACAAAUAUACAUUUAUCCUUUAUCAGUAUAUAUUAUACAGGCUUCUUUACACUGAUCACCAUAUGAUACAGAACUAUUGUUUUAAUAAACAGCUAAAAUUUCAA